UACACAUUCGAAAUUUCAAAUUCUCACUCUCACUCCCAUCUAUUGAUUCUAUUUAUACGCAUUGAUUUUCUCACUCCAAAAUCCAAACCAAAAUCACAAAUUCUAUAACUGCAAAAGUUGAGCAAAAUGAAAAAGAAAAUCCAUCACGCAGCCAACAAAUUUCAAAUCCACAAACACUGAAAUCAAGUUAUUGUGAGGAAAAUGAAAAUUCGGAUAUUUUCUAGUAACGUAAGUGAUCAUUCUUCUCUACAGUCUCAUCAUCAUCACCGCAACUCCGCCGCUCCGUCGUCGGCGACGCCUCGCCCCCGCAGCCUCUCCGAGAUCAUGGCGGAGGAAUGCAUCAGCUGCGCCAGUUAUUUAAUCAGGAAAUGGCAAGUAGAUGCCGGCAAAUUCGGAACACUCUCAUCUCUGUUUCUCUCUGACAGAGAAGAAGCUGAGAAAUUGCUGGAAGCUACGAUCGGCCUUCAACGCGCCAUGAAGUAUCACGUGAAGCUGAGCACGACAUCAGACGAACUCGUCGGAGCUCAAGCAUUGAUGCAGAUCGCGAUGCAGAGGCUCAAAUUUGAAUUUUACGCAAUAUUAUCCGCCAACAGAAACGACUGCGUUUCUGAAAAUCGAGAGAGCGCGGCGGCGGCGGCGGCGGCACCGCGUCCUGCGUCGGAAAGUGAGAGAGCGGUGGAGGAUUUGAAGAGCGUUGCGGAGUGCAUGAUCGCAUGCGGUUAUGGAAAAGAGUGUGUCAAUAUUUAUCGAAUUGUGAGAAAAUCGAUCGUUGAUGAGGCGAUUUAUUGCUUGGGGAUCGAGAGAUUAAGCAGUGCUCAGCUGAAGAAAAUGGAAUGGACUGCUCUGGAGACGAGGAUCCAGAGAUGGCUGAGCGCGGUGAACAUCGUCGUAAGAAAACUGUUUUAUCGAGAGAAAGUUAUCUGUGAUGCUGUCUUCUCUUCGUCGAAGAAGAUUGCGGAGGCGUGUUUCGCCGCAGUUUCCAGAGACGCGGCGGCGGAUCUGUUUGCUUUCGCUGAGAAUGUCUGCAAUUGCAAGAAGCUGCUCUCGCCGGAGAAGGUGUUCCGGUUGCUGGAUAUUUAUGAGGCGAUCUCCGAUUUCUGGCCGGAUAUUGAAUUCAUAUUUUCCGAUAAACUCUCAUCGGCGCAAAUGAAGCUUCGCGAGACGGUGAGGGCAAUGUUAGGGCAAUUCGAAGAGGCGAUUCGGAAGGAUUCCGCUCAACCGCCGCCAGGCGGCGGCGUCCACCCCCUCACGCGCUACGUGAUGAAUUUCCUCGAAUUCCUCGGCGACUACGCCGCCGCGGUCUCCAACAUUUUGCAGGAUUCGCCGCUGAAAGUGCGAAGCCCUGCCUCCGGCGGCGAUGAGAUCAGCCGUCGCCUCUCGUGGUUGAUUCUGGUCCUCCUCUGCAAGCUAGACGGCAAGGCGGCGGCUUACGACGACGUCGCAUUGUCCUACUUGUACUUGGCGAACAACCUGAACUACGUCGUUUCGAAGGCACGGAAUUCGAAUUUAGGGAUCCUGAUCGGGAAAAACUGGAUCCGGGAACACGAGGCGAAGGUUCAAACGUACUUAGCAAAUUACGAGAGAAUCGGUUGGAGUAAUGUCAUCUCCGCCGUGCCGGAGAAUCCAGCCGCCGUGACGCCGCCGUCGAAGGUGAGAGAAUUUCUCGAAUUGUUUUAUGUUAGCUUCGAAGAUGCGUGUAGGAAGCAGAGAUCGUGGGUCAUACCCGACCCGAAAAUCAGGGAAGGUGUAAAGAUCUCAUUGGCUAAAAGGAUUCUUUCGGGUUAUCGGGUCUUAUGCAAGCAGGGUAAAAGGGUAGGGCUAAUUGUCAGAUAUACCCCCGAAGAUUUAGAUAAUUACUUGGCAGACCUGUUUAAAGCAUAAUUAGUGCAAUUUUUGUGCAUAAUUUUUUCAAUUUUUUCAAUUCUAAGUAUUCUUUACAACAAUGGUUAUAUAAUUCCAAAAAAAAAAAAAUGUUGGUUAUAUAAUGAGAUUUUAUGUCAGUUAAUUGGAAAACCAUAUGCGAUUUUUGAUUUUCA